AUGCAACGGGACACUCUGCGUGAGUGUCGUGUGGAGGACCGUCAGUGCCUCACCUACCUGCCGCUGGUGUCUCCGCUCUACUUUGUCACCUUCGUGCUGAUGGCCCAGUUUGUGCUGGUCAACGUUGUGGUGGCCGUGCUGAUGAAGCACCUGGAGGAGAGCAACAAGGAGGCCAAAGAAGACGCAGAGAUGGACGCAGAGAUCGCCUUAGAAAUGGAGAUGGAGAGGCAGCGCAGGCUGAGCACUGGGUCCAAUCACAGCUCAGUGGGAGGGACUUAUGUUGGGCCACGCCCCAACUCACCUGGACAGGAGGAAGAGGUGCAGUGCACCAACCCAAACCUGCUGUCUCCCAGGAAGAUGUCUGUAUCCAGGAUGCACUCUCUGCCCAACGACAGCUACAUGUUCCAGCCGGUGAGGCCUGCUAGCGCCCCCUACCCACUGGAGGAGCCGGGUCUCGGCUCACAGCAACAUAUCUCAGGUUCUGUGACGUCCGUCCACUCCCAGCCGUGUGAGAUCCGGACCCUGCUGCAGGUGCCCGGUGUCUCCCCCCUGCCCAGCCCACGGGUGCCCCCUCCCCUCCCCCGCAUCGCCCCGCCCACACCCAGCCCCUCCCCCAUGGCCCUGCGUCGACAGGUGGCAGUGAAGCUGGACUCGGUGGAGUCCCAGGGCUGUGAUGCGCAGCAGCUGCUGCAGGACAGACCGGACCCCUUGCCCCUCUCCCCUCCGCCGCCCUCCUCCCCGCUGGCUCUGCUCCUCCUCCCCCCUCCUCCUGCCUCCCCUCUGUCGUUCCCUGCCCCCCCCGCCUCCCCCCACUACCUGCCCCGCCCCGCCAGCCUGCGCCGGCCGCGGCCCCGCCCCCCCCCAACGGCCCGCGACCCGGCUGACGAGGAGGUGAGCCAGAUCACCGGCUCCACGCUCAGCCUGUCCCGGGGGGACGCCGAGGGGUCCGGGCCAGAGGCGGGCGGGGCCAAGGUCUGCCGCAGCCACUCCCUGUCGCCCUACACCUCUCCCUUCUCCUUCGACUCCUGCGUCGCCCCCUUCCCCCCCCUCCCGCCCCUCCCCCCUCCCCCGGCGUCUCCUGCUGCUGCAGGAGGAGGAGGAGGAGGAGGAGGAGGAGGGGGAGGAGGACGCGCGCUGGGCCUGCCCGAGGGCGGUGGCGCCUUCCGGAAGCGCCGGCCCGGCAAACCACUGCCGGCACUGCCGACGGAGACGUCGGCGCCGCUGCCCGGUUACCACGACGAUCAGCGCCGUCACUCCAUCGAGGUGUGCUCGGCCGACCCGCUGGAGGCGGCGGAGGCGGCGGCGGCGGCGGCGGCGGCGUUCCCGCCGGGAGACCCCUACCGCCUCCUCCCGGGGCCGGGCGGCGGGGCGAGGAGGGGGUUCCCCACCAGGGUGCAGUCCAUGGGGGGGGGCUGCCAGCGCAAGAAGAGACUCAACCCGCCCUGCAUCUCCGUGCACCCGCCGGCGGAGCGGGACCACGCCCCCCCGGCGCCCGCCGCCCCCCCCACUCCGCCGCCGCCGCCGCCGCCGUCGGACUGCAGCGUGAUGCUGAGGAGGAGGCCGCUGUCCUCCGACCUGACGCUCUCCGCCACCUGGGCCGCCGCCGCCGCCGCCGACGCCCGGCCCCCCGCCGCCGCCGCCGCCGCCGCCCGGCCCCCCGCCGCCGACCACGUGCCGCUCCGCGCCCACCCGCCGCUGGCGCGCACCCUCACCCCGGAGCCGUACCUGCGCACGUGUGCGCGGGCGCACGCCGCCGCACGCACGCACCCCUCGCCGACCCCCGGUCCGAACGUCUUCGUCCAGCCGCACGCGCCCGUCCUGGCCAGCCCCGCCCACUUCCCCCCGCUGACGCACGCCCUCUCCCUGUCCGCCCAGUGCUCGCCGAUCAGAGGGGACUACAGGCCCCUCCCCCAGUUCACUUUUGACCAAUCGGAGGCCGUGUACAUGAGCGGCCUCUCUGCGGGGAUACCGGACGCAGACGCCGCCAACUGCCCCUCGUCGCCCUUCGACAGCAGACUGGAGGACAGGGCGGGGUUUAGCGCCAAGAACAGACGGACGGCCCAAUAGGAGCUGUGCGUGGCCUCAAGGAAGUCAACCGGAUUGGUCGGAUUACAAACCCUUGAUGGUGUUCAGAAAGAGGGAUGGUCUCACUUAUUGGACGCUGGGGAAAGGGAAGACAUGUUGGAUACCGACAAAAAUAAUAUAUAAACAGCCAACUCCUUUACCUCAGAGCACAGAGACGAUGCAGUCCCGUGCUAGGUUGGAGUAGGCUGAGGCGGUUUGUCGGCGACAGAUUGCGAGGGUACCUGUGAGACCGCUUGCAGGGUACGCUGCACCCACUGUUGACGGUGUGUCGAGGAUUGAGUUGGUGCACCACACCGGGACUUGAGGCACCAAACUCCGUAGCCAAAGUUUUACGUUUUCCUUUUUGUUUUUCAUUCGUUUUUUUGGUCGUCGUCGUCCCCCCCGAAAACCACGCGAGCCAAUCAGGAAGCAGCGUCUGGCUGACAACCUCUCGACCCUUCGGCGGGAAGCGGUUCUGUGAAAUGCGAGCGUGUUGGGGGGGGGGGAAACUUCAGGUUUUCUGCCGAGGAGGGGUCUCUGAUUUUGCCACUCCUCUGCUCCCUGGGUCAUAUUGAUCAGAGUAGAAGUUUGCGUGUGUGUGUGUGUGUGAGUGUGUGUUUUCUCCUCUUUGUGAGUGUCCCCCCAUUGCCCCCCCCCCCCCCAUUGUUACCAGUGUGUGCCGUGUGUGUCUUGCAUCUGCACAGACAAGGCAGGGCAUUGUAGUGUGUGUUAAACGGUGUGUCAUGCGGUGUGAAUAAAGAAAAAUAUUGUGUUUGUUGAGAUUUAAAAAAAAAAAAAAAAAAAAAAAGAAUAAUGGCUCUAUCCAUAUGCACAUAUUUUUAUAGAAAUCUAUAAUGUUUUUUGCACACAAUGAAUUUUGAAGUUCAACCUGCUUGUUUGUUUUUCUAUCUCCGUCGUCCUAUCGUGACUGUCUGUUUGUGGAGAGAAGAAGAAACACAGAGGGUGGCUGAGCACUCCCACCUCUUUCCAGACAUUGACAUGAAGGAGGCAGGAUUUGUAUUUUUUUAAGAUGACGACGAGGAUGAUGACGAGGAGAAGGAUGAUGAUGAUGAUGAUGAUAAUGGCGAUGACUAUGAUGACGAUGACGAGAAGGUGUGUGAUGUGUUUCCGUAGCUGUGUCCCAGACCUGCUCAUCCGUAAUCUGGGGUGGCAAGCCUUAAGCAGCGGGGGCUUCAGUGUUGAGGAGCUGGGGGGAAGUCAUGUUCUCUGAGAUGUUUGUCCGCUUAAGUCUGCUGUCUGAUCCCUUCGUCCACUCUCAAACCAAGCGUAAAGGGUGUCCGGUCUUAGAGCAGGACGUCACAUCCACCCGGAUCGUCUUGGGAGUCUGGGUGUUGUCUUGGAGUUUAUUUUUCGGAGACGGGGGCGUUUUGCUUGAAUUGGCAAGAAAACUAAAUGAUUUGUCCAAAUAUGUCGAAAAAACGUUACUCGAUGUUAUGAAUACAAAGCGAUCCAAAGUUGACCUUCGGUGGAAGGUCUCUCCGAGGUUUCCGCGGACGGUGGCGGUGACAAGCAUCUCAUCAGGGGACAUGUUUUUCAGUGCCGGUUGUCAGCUGAUCAGCUCUGGGACCAGAUAGUGUUUCUGUACAUUUAAAGACAACCAAACUAACUAACCUAAUAAAUAUGUGUAGCCAGGGUGCAAUAAUAAUAAUAAUUAUAAUAAUUAUGAAUAAAUGCUUUGUUGAAAUAUAUGGACAUCCACACUAGAUAAGACAGCACCACUCUUUGUUGUUCAUACAUACUGUAGAAUUCCCAUAUAUAGUAUGUGUUAGAAGGCCAUUUCUAUAUGACAGUCAGUAUGUCUUUCUGUAGUGUUGAUGCUACUGUAUGUACCUGCCCCCCCCCCCCCUCUCCCCCAACCCCCAUCCCCAUUGCACUUUGGAUGUGGUAUCAGAAUGGUAAACACCAUAGGUACUGUUUAAACCUUAGCACAGGUCCAGACCAUCCCAACACAUUCAAAACACAUUGAAUCCACCUGAUAGUGAACCCUGUAGGGCUACAGGCUACAAAUGAACCCUUCCAUUUGAAACACCUGUCACUCAUUGGGUCUCUAGGGCCCAGGCUUGGGACCAAAACAUUGCACACCAUAAAAAAAAAAUGCACGUCGGCCAUCUGUUCCCCUAUUGGAUGAACGCGUCUGGUAAUACGCUCCCUUUGUAGUCGUGGCUAGCAAAAAACGUUGGAUAAAAAAUAGGACAUUGAUCCGGCUGAUCCAAACGGCUUUGGAUUCAGUGCUCCCAGAGGGGCCAUUUAGACCUGAGCCAGUAAGGGGCCUGUUUUAAACCGCCUGUUUCAAAGGCAGCCACCGAAUACUUCACCGUACCCAGGAUGGGUUUGGUGGCUCCUUUGCUCCAGCCGUAGUAAAUCCAAAAUAGUAUUGAAUUGCUGCAUUGUUGCCAUGGGCAACAACUCCCUAACGCAUGCUCAUAGACACACACACACACACACACACACACACACACACACACACACACACACACACACACACACACACACACACACACACACACACACGCACACAGGAAUAAUUUGGCUGAUGUUGUGAAGAGAACAUUGUAAAAAAGAAAAGCAGAAGUGUUGUAUGUGCUGAACGCCUCAUUCCUUUCCACAUGCAUCCCCUUCUCCCUGUCCCCGAGCAGUAUGCAUGUACAGUAGAGGACAUGACAUUUAUGGGAAUAACAAUGUGCUUCAUGUUAGUGUUAUUUAUCGCUGGAGAAACAUCUCCCGUUUCUCCUGUUUUAUACCCUUUUGGUGAUAAGGAACUUUAAGCAUUGCUACAUUUAAUAGUUUAGAAUAUAGCGCCUGGUUUGGGCACUUUGCGUCCACGUUCUUUGACCUUUAACCUUACCUGGGAGAGGUGUGUCCUGAUUGGUUGACCUAUUUAAAACCAUAUUCAGGGUUGGCAAAGUUCAGACGGUUGUAGGAAGCUCACACGGAAGUCGGGCAGAUUUCAAAGAAAUGAUUUUUAAAAGGCUAAUAAGGUAUAGACAGAGCUAGGAAUGGAAGGAAUGGCCGUCUCAGCCAGAAGAAAUUAAAUGAAACGUAAGGAAAAGGAAUGGUCAAGGUCCACAGCCAAUGUUCAUUGUUACUAAUGGAUAAAAGCACAGCUUGGUCAUCUUUGAUGAACUCUUCUUCCACUCUUCUCUUUCAGGCGUGUCGCCCCCUGCUGGCCACGUGUGUUAUGAUCAGUUUUGUCCCUACCUGUUAAUUUUCUGACAUGCUGUAGCCAUUUACAGUUGUUGGGGAAAUGUUUUGUAAAUGAUGGGGGGAGAGGUUUAUAUGAGAUAGAUGAGGAAUACGUCCUCUAUCUCAUUCUUAGUGGAUAAUUCUGACCACAAAUAGAGUAUUCAUGUUAAACAAUAUGGUAUUGGAUAGGGAUAUAGUUAUCAAAGGUUUGCAGAUCGUUGGAUCGUAUUUAAAUCCUCUUGUUUUAUCGAGGAAAGCAUUUUAUUGAUUGCAUGUUACACACGUUUUAAAGGGAUGGGGGGAGGGGAGAUUUUUCUUUUAUAUAUGGAUUUUUAGGCAAUUCAAUUUGUAGAUGAACUUACUGGUUGCACUGGCCUCAGAUGGAUUAAAAUGCAGUACAAGACCGAUCAAGUGAACCUGUUCUUCAACUACACGUGGCGGCGGGAUGAUGACGCUCUCCCUCUUGGUGUGAUUUUCUAGUGACGGAAAUGUGAAACAGUUGUCCGUCUCUUAGGAGAGCCGCCCUUCUGAUCGUGCUGACUGCUCCUCGUACUUCGCCCCCUUGUGGGGCAGACCCUCCUGUUUGAUCCGACGUCAAUCGUUUAUUUCGCUAGGGCCCCCUCAAUCACUUCUUAUUUGUAAUGGAUAGAUUUGGACUCAAACUUAACAGGGUUGGACAUGUGGACGGUGCGGUACCAACGCAAAGUGUCCUUCGAGGACGUUAUCACGACGAUCAGAAAUUCCAGUGGAAACUCAACUUUUAAUGGGUCCGACAGUUUUUGUUUUGUUAUGUUUUUUUUUAAGGGUAUAGCGAUUUACCACCUCCAAAGCCCACCGCCAGCCCCGUCUCCCGCCGAGCCUUAUAGGGAGGGAUGGAGGUUAGCGUCUGUCCAUCAGAGGCGGGACUAUUUUUCUGCAAUAACCCCCCCCUUCCCCACCCCCCAUCCCCUCCUCCCAAAAAAAUGACCAGAGAUGGGGAGGCGUUUCAGGCACCAACAUGUAUUUGGACAUGGUUCCACGUUGUAAUGUGGCUGAUACCUGUGUAAUGAUCAACCAAUGACCUGGAUGAUUCUCCCCGUCUAUUAAAAAUAUACAAUUUUUUUUUUUA